GUGUGUGGAGGAGGCUGAGGCGCGUUGACCGGGGCAGCGUCAGCCAGCCGGCCCUCUCCUUCCCGCCCCUUCUCCUUUCACGGUUACUCUCCCAGUGGCGUAGUGGUCCGGCCCGCCGCGGCGGGAGCGGGCGCUGUCGUCGGGGGAGGGCUGCAGGGCGGCGGAGUCGGGCACCGAGCGGUCGCGUUGCUCCAGGUGUUCCCCCAACCCUCCUUCUCCCGUGGCCUGCGCCGCCGCGGGGCUGGGCAAGGAGGUCGUUCCGCGGCGUCUCGUCCCUGGGUGCCCAUGUGCCCGUUUGUCCCGGUGACACAGGCGUGACUCUCCCGCGCCGCCCUCCCUGGCUGGCCCUGUGCGAAAGGGUCAACUGAGCCCUGCUGGGAAUCCGGCGGUGAUCGCGCUUUGCCGGGGUGAAACGUGCAACUGGCGUGUUGAGUGUUUGUUACCCUCUGGAGGAGCUGGGGAGGAUUUAUUUUAGACCGUAAACAAGGAGAUCCAAAUCCUGUCCGUCUUGUUUUGUACGGUUUGAAGAGCAGAAGCAUGCUUUCCGCUGAGAGUCACCCUACCACUUGUGAUACAGAAUGUCUCUAAGUGAGAAGAAUAGUGUGGUUUUUGCAUAUGAAUCCUCAGUGCACAGUACCAAUGUACUUCUCAGUCUCGAUGAUCAGAGAAAGCAAGAUAUUCUUUGUGAUGUUACUAUUUUAGCGGAGGAUCAGCGAUUUCGGGCUCACAGAGCUGUGCUUGCUGCUUGCAGCAGUUACUUCCUUUCAAGAAUUGUGGGCCAGGUGGAUGCUGAUCUUAUCAUCACUUUACCGGAAGAGGUGACACUUAAAGGAUUUAGUCCUUUGCUUCAGUUUGCGUACACAGGUAAACUCAUUUUGAACAAGGACAAUGUGUCUGAAGUUUGCAAAUGUGCUGAAUUUUUGGGUGUACACAACAUUGAAGAGUCUUGCUUUCAGUUUCUCAAAUUCAAAUUUUUGGACUUUAAAUCAGAUCACCUGGAAUGUCCUAGGAAGAAGUGUUGUACACAGCGUUGUCGGAAAGCAAACCCUAAAAUCAGCAACGUGGAUGAUGGAGACCUAGAAAUAGAUGAUGAAGCAGAAGAACUUUUAGAAAAGGAAUAUAUUCAAACUCCUGACACAAAGCUUUGUAAAGAUGAAGAAAAUGCUAAAUCAUCACCUGCUGUCCAAGAUAACGCCAAUCUAACAUGUGAUCCUGGGCAUUCAGAAAGGGGUAGUGUUUCCAGUUUACCUUCCCAAUGCCCAAAGUAUAGGAAGUUCCAGAAAGCUUUUGGAAAUGACAAAGUUCAUACUUCAGAGUCCAGUUCCAAUAUUAAAGACAUUCAGGUGCCACCAAUUGCAGCUUUGCUUGAGAAAGAAGUAUCUGAUCAUGAUGGGAUGCAAAAAGCUCAGGAGUGUAUACCUUUGCAACUGGUCUCCAAAUGUGAAGAGACUCAGGUAAAAAUGGAAGAAGGGGAAGAGGGCAUUGAGAAAAAGGAAGACUCAAGGAGAGAUUGUGUGACCCAGAAUGUUUCAAGUCCUGUGGAGAAAAUGGAUCUAGCUGCUUUACCCCCAAACCCUGCUGCACCUCAUGGACUCAAUCCUGUGUCUUUUUUACAUACUUGUGAGCAAUAUGGUAACUUUAAUUUUGGUAAUAUACAAAACAACACAGUCUUAGCUGAAAAAACUCUAUCAGGUACUGGAAUUGGGAAUGACAAAAUGGAAAGUAAAGGUGACACACCUUCAAACAGUGAUUUGUGCGCUAGGGAAGCCACUAACAUUACGACAGCUGGUGAUCGAAGCAGUGUGGAGAGAGAGGUAGCAGAACACCUAGCACAAGGGUUCUGGAGUGAUAUUUACAGCACAGAAGCCUGUCAAAUACAUCUACCACCUGCAGUUCCAAAAGAGCGUUUGGAGCCAGUAUAUUCAGGGAAAAAAUCAGAGUGUCCAUGGCUGGGUAUCAGGAUCAGUGAAAGCCCUGAACCUUGUUCUCAGCGAACUUUCACAACAUUGAAUUCUGUCAACUGCCCCUUUAUAAGCAACCUUAGUACUGAAGGAUGCUCCAACAGCUCUGAAAUAAGCAGUGGAGAAUAUGUUCAGGGUCAGCAACAAGAACAGUGUCCCUAUAAUUAUGUGAUAAGUUUAGGAGAGGAUUCAGAAACGGACACCGAGGGAGACAGUGAAUCCUGUUCAGCAAGAGAGCAAGAAUGUGAGGUUAAACUGCCAUUUAAUGCGCAAAGGAUUAUCUCGCUUUCCAGAAAUGAUUUCCAGUCAUUUCUGAAAAUGCAUAAAUUAACCCCUGAACAAGUGGACUGUAUUCAUGAUAUCCGAAGACGAAGUAAAAAUAGAAUUGCAGCACAGCGAUGUCGUAAGAGGAAACUUGACUGCAUACAAAAUCUUGAAUCUGAAAUUGAAAAAUUGCAAAAUGAGAAGGAGAACUUGCUGAAGGAAAGAAACCACAUUUUGUCAACUCUGGGUGAGACAAAGGAGAAUCUGACUGGACUUUGCCAGCAGGUGUUUAAGGAAGCAGCCUUGAGUCAUGAGCAAAUACAAAUACUUGCAAAAUAUUCUUCCUCAGAUUGUCCACUUUCAUUUUUAUUCCUGGAGAGAGACCAGACAGCUGCAUCUGAUAGUGAGCUUGCGAUACCAGCAUGUAUAGAAUUAGCAGAUGGUCUUUCAGGUGUUACAUCUACAAAUGAGCAGAGUUCUUGUUAUCAGUGUGUGAAAAGUGUGUGUGAUGCAACCUAUGAUCAAGCACAAGAUCUGCAUCCAGUUUCUGGAAGACCACUGGAGAAAACUUCGCUUGAGGAACAGUGUGGACAGAGCAGUGGUAUCACAGACUUCUGUCAGCAAAUGACUGACAAAUGCACUACAGAUGAGUGAAUCAAUGUUCUUACUGUUGCCAGCCUCUCGACAUUGCAACUAAAAGUGAGAUUGGAACAUUACUGCAAAGUAACUUAGUGAUGAAAAGAUGAUGAAAUUUUACCUUUUGAAACUACAUUGACAAUUACAUGGUCCUUCUACUACUUGGCGAGCAUUGGAUUUGCUCUUUGUAGUUCUAGAGUGUAAUUUGUAUGUGAGCUUGGAGCUUUUUCUGUGUGGUGAUGCCAAGGAGAGUUUAGGAAAGUUCUUGGAAAGUAUAAACUCUGCACACAGAUGUUUGUUUAUGAAGAAGCUUUCAUUCAGGUACAGAGCAGCCUUCGCUCUGCUUUAUGCCAUAGUACCUAAUGCCACUCUGCAUCUCAAUAAAAGCCUCCCAACAAGCGUUUAUGCACAAUGAUUUCAAUACCUGGAUUUCUUAGCUCUUUUAAGAGCUUUUCUCCCAGUAGGCAAUCUUAAAGAAGCUUGUAUAGCUCUGUAAGUUUUUGUUGUAGAUGAGUUAGGAUAACAUGACAGUAUGGGGAGAUUCUGGCAAGUGCACUCUGGAAUGGCUUAUUGCUUCCUACUGUUCCCAUCCUUGUACCAGAGCCAGCUUUUAUUGAAUAUAUGCCUUUGGUUUAGCUCUUCAGUAUGUAGUCAAGACAACUUGAACAGUGAAGGUGCUACAGCAUACUGCUCUAGUCUCUAAAUUAUGUGUCAGGAAUAACAACAUACUGGGAAAGGCAAAAUUUGGAACCGAUGCAAUUUCUUGAUUAGUGUGCAUUGGAUUCUCUGGCAUCUGAAUCCCAUAUGCUUGUUGAGAUCCAGUGCUGUAUUGUGAAUUACUGUCCUAGCACUUUCAAGCCUGCUGCUGUUUGUGGUAAGUUGGAAUCAAAGUAUUGUGGAAGUUUAAGGAUUUUUAAGGAUAUUAAGGCACCAAAUUCUUUAUCUGUAGUGCCUAAUUACCUAAAGUAAUCAACAAAUGUAUUUGUCCUCUGAUCACUGGGACCAGUAAGGCUCUAUUUCAGAAUUUUAGUUUUCAGGAUACUUUUAUGCCUUAGCCUGUAGAACAUUUUCAAUGGCUUGUGCUGCAAGUAUAAACAUACAGAAAGUAUCAUAAGAAAAUGAGCUGAAGGGUUUUCCUCUACUUUGCAAAGGAGAAAUUCAGCCACUGAAAAUAAUCCCGAUUUUUUAGGUUUUUACGUGGUAGUUAUAUGCAUAUUGUAUUCCAAUCAUGCUUUUUUAUUUAGAUGUUACUCUCACACCAGAAAUAAGUAUUGAACCUCACCACAAAAAACUUUUGGUUUUACUGGUUUACAAAACGUGAAGAAUCUUGUACAAGCCAGUGGAAUUCUUCAUUUCCUACCUCAGAAUUUAUAUUAGCUUUUUGUGUCUUUAGUGUGCAUGUACAGUAGGCAGCAACUAAGCAAAGGACUAUUGUAUAUACUGCUUUGCAGUUCUGUCUUGCAGUGAUGCAAAACUUGUUCUUCAGUGCUCUUUUUUUUUCCUUCUCCCUUAGGUAACCUAGCAUUAAUAACUAUACUAAGACUAUUAAGCCACUUAUUUAAAACAAAAGUUUAAAAUUUGACAGAUUCCAACAGUACUUAUAACCAGCAUGUAAUACAAGUGACUACACUACCUCACCAAUGGAUUGAAAGUUGAUUUAAGUAACUAGUGAAAUCCUGGGAUUUUCGUAAUAUGUAAUUAAAUUUUUAAGGGAAAAAUUUAUGUUAAUGGAGUAUAGGUUGUAUAAAUCACAAUCCAUGCAGUAACUGAAAUUCAGAAAUAAAUGCUAUAUGGCAGAUAUCAUGAGAGUUCUACUGCUUUGGAUGUAUUUUCAGAUAAUUGAAUUGAAAUUCUUUUAAAUUACUAUCAUUUAUAUAUAUUGAUCCUGUAUAUGUAUUUCUCAUGAAGCUUUCUGGGUUUUUUAUCCAGUGUCUGUAUAUGCCUGGUUAAUUUAAUCCUGCUGCCACUCUGGGCAGUGUUUUGUUCCUAAGGCUCCCUUUUACUUAAAAAGCAAGCAAGAAAAAAAAAAAAAAAAGAAAAAAACCAGAAGGCCCCAAACCUCUCUACUGUCCAUACAUAAUACCACUUUUAAAACUGGUGAUAAUCUGUAAUGACGUGGAUAGUGUUCCUAAAGCAUUGUCCUAAUAGUACACAUAUUCUGAAGUGGAAUUCCUAGGGUUAAUGUUUGUUAUAAAGGGGUGGAGCAUAUGUGUAGGGAAUGAUUGGUUGGGAACUUCAGCAUAGCCAGUGGCCAAACCCCGACACACUUGGCUGUGGAUGUUGGAAAACAAGGUCAGUGAUUACCAGGUUCAGAGGCCAGACUCUCCACCAAAGAGUUGUUCUCCACUGCUGCAGUCUGGUGAGCAGCCAGGGUCUGAAUUCCACCCAGCAAAUGGUGCAGGGCUUCCAGUGCAGAAGUCGUGACUGUCGUUGUCGACAUAUGAUAAAAAAAUUUAUAUUGUGUUUUUAAACCUAUGAUGAACUUGGUGAAGUUGGAGGGAAGGGGGGUUUUUUUUCCUAACCAGCUGCAUCUAAAGAAUUUUUAAAAUAUUUAUUUAAUACAGUAGACCUACAAGUUGCAUGUUGACUUCUGUAGCCUAUAUCAUCAACUUGCGAAAGUUAAGAAUGAAUGACAAAUUUAUGAUACAGAAUUCUCAGGUAAAUGUUUCAGAGUUUGGUUGGUUUUUUUUUUUCCAGUAAAGAAAUACUCAAUUUUGAAAUUGUAAAAUACUUUGUUAAAGCAUGUUUUCAAAUACUUUGGACAGACUAUCUUAAAGCCAUAAGAGUAUGAUGGCAUACAGAUUGUAAAAUAAACAGAUAAUUACAACAGUUGAUUUUGUAUAUUUCAUAAUUCAGUAUUUUCUAAGACU